UCCAUCAGAUCCUUAUCAUGUACCCACUUCUUUGCCAUUUUGUAUUCCUUUUAUCUAGGCUUUGUUGAUCUUUUUAGUUUCUCGGGAAAGGUAAAGAAAAACCUCUCAGAAUUAAGAUUUUGAAAUCUGGUCUUGUCUCCCACUCUUUUAUAGUACUCAUCAGAUCUCUCCUUGUUUUCUGGCAUGAAUUCUUCAAUGCUGGCUCAGAAGUUUGAGCUCUUAUUUUGGUUGUCCAAGGCAGUAGUGCCUUCUAUCUCUUUGUCCCUUUUUUUCUCCCACCACCCAUGUUGCAUGAUCUAAAACUCCAGCUUGUAUUUGUGAAGAAAGAGCUGGUGACCACAAAAGCUCCCUUCAAAACUUUUGUCAGAGGAAAGCUAAGUAGCAGAUGCUCGCCGCAAUCUCUUUAGCUUUAGCUUCAACUUUCGGCUUGUAAUGAUGCAAGUAUAACAAGUUCAAUAUUUUAGUUGGUAGAAAGGUUGAAGGAGGAGAGGACUGAAGCCAAGAAGACUCUUUUAUCUAUAAAUUAUCCAAGGAUUCUCUUGAAUGGAACCCAUGGAAGAGCCCCUGAGAGGGAUUGGAAAUUUGCAUUUGGAUCUGUCUGAUGGCAUAGUGGCUGCAUCUGAAUCAGGGGAGGUGCCUUCUACUCCCUCAAUGGUUUAUACCGAUGUUAACGUCGUCCCCGAGCAUGACAACGAAGUGUCGGUGCCGGCGAUCUCGAGCUUCCAAGACAGUAUUUUUCUCAAGGCAGAAAUUUCGGCAUUGAGAGCAAAGCAGAGGUCUUUGGAUGUGAAACGGCGAGAAGCGCUUGAUAAGAUACUGGACAUAAAAGGAAGCAUCAGAGUGUUUUGCCGAAUUCGAAACGGUCUUUCGAUGGAUAACAAAAAGAUAAUGUCGCCCAUAUCCACCGGACUGGAGAAGAUCACGGUCAGAUCGGUAGGAACCAGGAAAGAAUUCAAUGUCGAUAAGGUAUUCCCUCAGGAUUCAACACAAGAGGAUGUGUUUCUAGAGGUGGAGCCAAUCCUUAGAUCUGCGCUGGAUGGCCAUAAUGUGUGCAUUCUUGCCUAUGGUCAGACUGGAACUGGAAAGACAUAUACCAUGGAAGGGACUAAUGACCGACAGGGAAUUGUGCCUCGAGCCAUCGAAGAGCUAUUUCGCCAAGUUUCAAAAGACAAAUCGACAUCCUUUAGCUUGUCGAUGAGUAUGCUAGAGGUCUACAUGGGUAGUCUCGGGGACCUCUUGUCCCAAAGGCACCCUUCAGCUAGAACCAUGAAUUCCAUCCCCAAAUGUAGCCUCAGCAUUUUAACUGGUAGUAAUGGCACUGUUGAAGUUGAGGGACUCACAGAUGUGAUGGUACCUGACCUCAAACAUGCGAACCGAUGGUAUGCCAGGGGGAGGCGUGCUCGUGCUACUUGCUGGACUAAUGUCAAUGAGGCCUCAAGCAGAUCACAUUGCUUGACUAGAAUUACCAUAUGCCGAUCUGGAGAUAAGGUGGAAGGUGAUAAAGUGGUAAGCAAGCUUUGGCUGGUGGACCUAGGAGGAAGUGAGCGCUUGCUAAAAACUGGUGCCACUGGACAAACGCUAGAUGAAGGGAAGGCUAUUAAUCUCUCUCUAUCAGCCCUUGGUGAUGUUAUUGCUGCUCUGAAAAGGAAGCGAAAUCACAUACCCUACAGGAACAGCAAGCUCACUCAGAUUCUUAGUGACUCUCUGGGUGAUGGUUCAAAGGUUUUGAUGAUCGUGCACAUCAGUGCUAGCGAAGAUGAUGUAGCGGAGACAAUAUGUUCUUUGAGCUUUGCAAAAAGAGUGAGAGCUAUAGAGGCCAAUGUUUCAGAGGAUGCGAAGAAACAGAAGGAAAAGUCUAUUGCUGAACUUGAGCAGCAGAUACAUGAUACUGAAGAAGAGCUCCAUAAAGUAAGGAGCCAGAUAGAAAGAGUUGAGAACAUGGUUCAAGAGAAUAACAAGCUUUUUCUUAAUGAUGAUCAGAAGGGAUCACCAAGAAGCCCUCUAAUAUUAGAUCAGAUAGAAAUUGUAGGAAGCCCCCAAACCACAAAGAAAGUCAUCGGCAAAACAUGUCAUACUUCAGUUCCUCAUUUCAUGGCUUCUACGGCUUGCAGCCGUCAGAGGCAAAGUGCAGCCGGGGAAGUAAAUAGCAAAUUAAGAGCAAUGAGAUUUGGAAACAAAAGCUCGGCGAAUUUCCUUGGAUCCCAGUUCCUAAGCUAUUCAGGCCCUUAUCUCCUAGCAAAUUCUCGAAGCUCAAAGAGUAAACAAGUAACAUGUGAAGCCAACAUUUCCAAGUGCAGACAUUCAUUAUUUUCUUGCAAUCCAGAUAAUGCUAGCCAGAAUAGCACAGAUUUAAAGCCACCCAACUUACCACGGAACAAAAAAGUCUCUACUUCUCAGCCCAACUUUAGAGUUACUCCACAUCAACACAGAAGGAGGAUGUCUGAUUUAACCUGAUGAAGCAAUGGCAGCAAAUAUGAUUGUUGCAACAAUAAAAUCCGGCUUUGUGUGUGAAGUGUUGACUUUGACUUGUGACAUAGAUUUUGUUUUGUACAUUAUUUCAUGGUAACUGAUAUUGUCUGGUGAGUUGGAUUGAUUGGUUUGCCAACUUUAACUCAGCCCUUCAUUUAUUGUUUUAGUGCAGAAGGGCUUGUACCAGAAAUUUGGUUUGUCUAAUUUGAGGGGGUGGUUCUAUGUAAUUCUCAGGUCUGUUAAUGCCUGUUAAUAUUCUGAUUUGUAUCCUUGCUUCCUUGAGAAAGUA